AGUGGCAGGGAUGAACGGAAUGUGCGAAGCAAGUGCCGAUAGAAUUACCAACCUUCCUGUGGAGGUAAUACAGCGGAUUCAGUUAUUGUUGCCCACCCGACGUGCUGCCCAAAUGGCCACCUUGUCAACAAAGUGGAGGCGCCAUUGGAGAAGUAUCCCUCAACUUAAGUUCUUUGCUGCCAACUCAGCUGAUCAAGAUGAGAUGAUGAUGAUGAACAAGUUUAUGUUCACCGUAUACAAAGUUCUCUUGCUUCAUGAUGGGCCAAUAACAAAUUUUAAGCUUGCGUUUGGUGGAUUAAGCCCCUGCUUACACAAUGAGAUUGAUCAAAUCAUCAUCUAUCUUUCUGAUAGAGGUCUCCGUGAGUUCACCCUUAGCUUUCCUUCCCCUGACAGUGUGAUUUACAAGUUACAUUCUGCCUUGUUUUCUUGUCUUCACCUAAACGGCCUGAAACUCAUCAAUUGCGAAUUUAGACAACCAUCACGAUUUCUGGGGUUUAGUAAGCUUACCCGUCUUCUUCUGAUUCGAGUUACCUUGCCCACUGAUUUCUUUGACAAUUUCCUUCCCGAUGCUUAAAAUCUUCUGCCUUAUGUAUUGCCAUGGUAUCCCAUGUAAUCUUGAGAUUGUGAAUUCAUGUCUCCAAAGUUUCAACUUCUAUGGGGAGUUUCAGAGAAUCUGCUUCAAGGGUACUCCACGUCUGAAGGAAGUUACUAUUUUUGACUAUAAACACAAUGAAAACGUCGAGACGACUCCAGAUAUGGUAGCUUUCUUUGCUUCUCUGCCAACACUCCAACGAUUUUCUGCUGACUUUAAGUUCUUAGAAUACCUUGCUGCAGGUUAUAACAACGUCCCCACCAAGCUUCCUGCUCCUCUGCACAAGUUAAAAUUCCUCCAGAUCUGUAAUUUUGACUUUGGCAGCUUGAGGAAUGUGCGUGCUAUUGUUUGUCUGAUUAUGAGUUCCCCCAAUCUGUUUGAGCUCAAGAUUCAGAUGGACACUGAGCUAAAUCAGCCUGCAACUAAUGAUGCAGUACCAAGCUUAGUAACCUUGUUGGAAGCAGAACACUGCGGUGGAUCCGGUUUGUUGCAGCGCCUUAAAGUGCUCGAGGUCGCAUAUGUUCGUGGGACACAGGUUGAGUUGGAGCUCGUAAGGUUCAUACUAGCCACUGCCCCACUACUUGAGAGGGUUCAUAUUUUACCCUGUCGCCGCAAGUUGAAGCUCAGAAAGGCUUUUAAAUUCAUAAAGACGAUGAUGCAGUAUAAGCGUGCUUCUAAAGAAGCUGAGGUCAUAUAUGCAGAGACUUACUCGGCACUGCGUCGUUAAUUGUCAUUCAGCGGUCAUUGCAAUAUCAUCUUCUGCAUAUCAACUCCGGGAAGGAUGCUCUGGGGACAUGUGGGAAUCUCUGUUGUAGCUUGGUUUAAUAUUAGUUUAUAUCCUUGAAUGCAAGUAGUUAUAAGUUUGGAACAAAAGUUUGACAACCAGCUGGAUCCUAAUGCCUGUUGUUUUAACGUGUUAAUGACUAGUGUUAAUUAUGUAUGGAGGAACAUGAAAUGUGCAAGGCGUUGUAGUGUUAGUAUUUGUAAGAAUACUGUGAACGUUCAUGACUCUUGAGUUUCUGUUUGUCAU